ACAGCGAACAAAUAUAGUGACAUCUGCGUCAAAUAUUUUUUGGUACAAUUUUACUGUACCAGCAGUCGAAUAUACUAUAAAUUAAAUCAUGGCCAAGAAGGAAGAAGAAUACAAAGAUAACAAUGUAUUCAGGGCGUUUAUGAGUGCGCUUUACAAGACUCUCGAUGCACCUGUAACUUUGUUCCGAGAGAAGGUUGUUGUGCCCAACCAGAAAAAGUACCCAUGGUACCACCAGAAGUUCCGCCGUGUGCCGACCAUCGACCAGUGCUAUGACGGUGAUGUCCUCUGCGAUUUCGAGGCGAACGCGCAAUUCAAACGUGAUAGAGCUGUCGACUCAGAAAUCUUAGCCAUCUUACGUCAACGUUAUGAGGACUGCAUGAUCUACGAAAACCCAGACCAUGCUCAAGCUUGCAAACCUCUCUGGGAGCUGUACAAAGAUUCCGAGGAGGCAUGGUUUAUUAAAUAUGGUGAUCUAGGAGCUUAUGGUGAUGCCCGUAAAGCCUACAUGAAGCAGAAGCACCGCAUGAUCUGGGAGAGGCAACAUGGCCCUCUGUCCAAGCUCACAAAGUAAUCCCAUUAAUUAUUUGGCAUCAUAUGUUCUAAUAUCUAAGUAGAUGUUACCGUUGCAAUAAAAUAAAUUAUAGUAAAAAUGUC